CUAGGUUUGCCAAUUAUGGUGAUGAGUAUCCGUUCAAUGCUUAUUUUGACAAAGCAUAACUUAAAAUUUAAUCAAAAAAGAUUCAAUACCACCAAAACACCUUUCAAUAAAACAACAUCUUUGACAUUACCCGUUCAAUCUAAACAUUUCAUUCAAACAAAGACACGGACAUUGGGAAAAUCACAAGGAAGAGUUAUUAUUUUAGGAUCUGGCUGGGCAGGCUUUCGAUUGAUUAGUGAAUUAGACAAGAAGAAUUAUGAUGUCUCGGUAGUCUCUCCAAGAAAUCAUUUUGUCUUUACACCUCUGCUUGCAAGUACUUCUGUUGGUACAUUAGAAUUCAGAUGUAUUACAGAGCCUGUUAGAACAUAUUCUUCAGAGACAAACUAUUAUCAAGCCUAUUGCGACCAAAUAGACUUAAAAAAUCAAGUCAUUCAGUGCACUUCUAGUAUUGAUGAAGAUGGUCUAGAAAGAAGACAAUUCUCUUUGGAUUAUGAUAAGCUUGUGAUUGCUGUUGGUGCUUAUUCUAGAACAUUUGGGAUUCCUGGUGUCAAAGAACAUGCUUGUUUUUUGAAAGAAGUGAACGACGCAAGAAGAAUUAGAAAGAGAGUUAUUGAUUGUUAUGAAUAUGCUUCUCAGCCAGGGCUUUCUGACAAGGAAAAAGAAGCCCAUUUGCACUUUGUUGUUGUAGGAGGUGGCCCGACGGGUGUUGAAUUCUCAGCCGAAUUGUACGAUUUCAUUGCUGAUGAUAUCUCUAGACUUUAUCCAGACUUGGUCGAUAAGACACGUAUGACUCUAUACGAUGUUGCACCUACAAUCCUUAGCGCUUUUGACUCUCAUCUGUCAGAAUAUGCUUCUAAGAAAUUUAGCCGUAAAGGAAUCCAGAUCAAGACAGAAAAAAUUGUUGAAAGGGUAGAAAAAGAUCAUCUUGUCAUCAAAAAUGAAGGAGAAGUUCCUUAUGGCCUGCUCGUUUGGUCUACAGGCUUAAUGAGAAAUCCAUUAGUGGAGGCCUUUACUGACGCAGCCAAAGAUAGAUCGGGUCAAAGAAUUUUGACAGAUGGACAUUUACGUGUGAUUGAUGACAAGACAAAGGAACCUAUUCCUAACGUGUAUGCAUUGGGUGAUUGUGCUACUAUUCAAGACUACGAAUUACCUGCUACUGCACAAGUUGCUAAUCAAAAGGGCAAAUAUCUCGUUAAAGCAUUGAAUACUAUUGCCAAACAAGGUCAGGAAGACCCAUUAAACAAAGAAUUCAAAUACAAAAAUAAUGGUAUGAUGGCAUAUAUUGGUUCUUAUGAAGCUUUAGUCGACAUGUCUGCCGUAAAGAAAUGGGCAAAAAUGUCUGGACAUCUUUCCUGGUUCUUGUGGCGAUCCGCUUAUAUCAGUAAAAGUGUCAGUAUCCGUAAUAAGAUGCUGAUUGCCUAUCACUGGUUCAUGACAUUUACUUUGGGUAGAGACAUUAGUCGUUUUUAAUUCUAAUUUAUGAUA